AUUCCCCGCACAUUGGGCAAAAUUGGGCGUCGACCAAUCCCUUUCCUUUACGUCAGACCUUUGGAGGAUAGGAAACGACUGACGUGGAAGUACUAAGUUGUACUCUACUAAAUAUUUCUAGCCUGGUGAUGAUUGAUCUUCACUGACUUCACCUGACAACUGACACCUGGACCUCUUCUUGGAUAUUGACUUCAGAAAAAUGAAUACCGAAGAAAUCUUGUUUGACAACCUGCUGGAUACGUCUGUUGAUGGCAAUGUGUUUCUUGAAGAUUUAAUUGAAGACCCUGCUGCCAAUGUGUUGGAACAAGCAAUGAAGGAGAACAUGAUGGAAGUAUGGGAAUCUAAUGACUAUGAACUCCUGAAUUCUCCUCUUGCUGGUGAACUAAAAUUUGAUGACAUCACACAAUCAACCAACUACCUAGAAUGGAUCAAUUGGGAUCAAAAGGAUAAAACAGAUAAAAUUGUUCCAGCUUCCAACAGUUCUGACAGUGGCCUUUCCAGUGAUUUCCAUUAUGACCAACAGCUCUCUCCAUCGAACGAAAUGGAUCGUUCUUCUCCUACUAGCUCCCCAAUUGGUGGUGGCGGUGCUAGUUCAAUCUGCAGUAGCGUUGACGUAGACAGUGUCAGUAGUCCGGAUACUUUAUCCCCCUCAUCACCGUGUUCCGACAUUCACUUGAUAGACGAAGCUGCCGAUAUGGAAAUUAAUCCUUCCAAACCUGCUUCUUCUCUUGCAACUACCCCCAAAUCCACAAAUGCUCCUUUGGUCUUCCCCGUCUCUCUCAAAGAUUUGAAUCUUCGUGAAAUUAAAGCUGUGAAAAUUAUUCGUAAUGGCUCCACUUUGGUAUCAAGUGCUGCUUCGGCCGUCCUGGGUGGAAUCAAAUCCACCUCCGCCCAAGUCCCUGACGCUAUCAAGAAACUUUUGGGUCCAGUUCAACUCUCAGUAUCUUCAGCUCCUACAUCAUCAUCAACGAAAACCUCUUAUCCUCCAAUCCUGCUUUCAGAUGAAGAGCGUCGUCUCUUGGCUAAGGAAGGUGUUGAACUGCCCAGCCAUUAUCCACUUACCAAACAUGAAGAGCGAGAGCUAAAACGUAUCCGCCGUAAAAUCCGCAACAAGAUUUCGGCCCAAGAUUCCCGAAAAAGAAAACGUGUCUAUAUGGACGGCCUCGAAGAUCGUGUCAAGCUGUGCUCUGACGAGAACAUGUCACUUCAAAAGCGUAUCCGUUUACUGGAAACGGAGAAUAAAUCUCUACUUUCACAACUUAAAAGACUGCAAAGCAUUCUGACUGGUCAGGGUGGAAAUCAGGCUUCGACGCCAACAGUUGCAGCGAUAACAGCGGCUUCUACGUCUACUGGAGGAACUUCUACUAACGCCAACAGCAAAGAAGUUAUUUCCACGAGCAACACAGCACAGCCAGCUACCUGCCUUUUGGUUUUGAUGCUAUCAUUUGCCCUUUUCCUUCUGCCGAAUUUGAGACCAGACUCCAGUAAGAGCCUCACUGAUGGCCGGACAAAUUCGGCUGCAUCUCAGAUGGCACAAUCCAUGAUGAAAAUGCCACCGUUUGCCGGUCGUUCUAGAGCAUUAUUGCAAGAUACUUUGGCUUUGGACGCCGAUUCUGAAAUGACUGAUUUAGAGAUCCUGGAGAUGGCUUUGGGAGGAGAAGUGGUUAUUGGAGAAGAUGAAGAAGAAGAUGAGAGCGGACUGUACGUCCCUCUGCCACUCGGCCCGCUAACUAUGCCGGGAAGCAAGAACGAUGUAUUGAAGAGCCAAUGGGGGCAGAAAUUUGGCAAACAGUAUCCGGCCAAUCCGAAACGAAGCGUUCCUGCUUUCUUGUUAGAACACGACUAUCAUUCGGCUGAUACAACUGCCAAGCGUGCACGCUUUAAAGAGGUUUGGGAAGAAGUGGAGGCGAUCCCAUCUCCUGCUCCAAUCUUGUAUGCUGGAGCCAUCAAGGAUUCAAAUCAAUCACAGCUGUAUGACGAACUUGCUGAGCUUGCGCGCGGACAGAAUAUCGUCGUCCGUAUCUCGUCAGAGGAGCUUUGAAAAACUUAAUUGCGAAAUGAUACUCGUCGUUGUUCCUCUAUAACGUCGAGAUGCUUGUGAUCCUCGGUGUUGCCUUCUUCUCCCCUUUCCUGCAUCAUCCGAUCUGUCUCAGCCUGCUUGCACUGGACCCAUUCCCAUGUCAAAUCCUUUCAUUGGUGCUGGUCGAAGUAGAUGCUAGAGAAGCAACAACCUCAUACUUUCAUGAAAUCUACUUGUUCCCUUUUCUACUUUAUUUCCUACAAAUUUAGUAUGGCCAAUUCCAUUACUGGCUUUUAGUUGGCGGUGGGUAAUUUCCUUGUGCAAUUCUGUCCGUUCGAAAAAAAAAAAACAAUUUCCAACGUCAGCACCUCUCCAUUAUAGUGUUAGACAUAUUAGGUAUGUAAUCCUAUUCCCUACCGUGUUUUUUUCACCCUAUCUCUGUCUUUGGUGAAUAUUCAGAUCUUGGCACUUGAAACGAAUCAGGGGAAAAUGAAAUUAGGGUCAAGUGAACUUCCUGUUUGUUGUAUCCUCGCAUCAAUGCAACCAAUUUUUUGCCUUUUGUUUAAUUUUUUUUUUUUAAGUUGUAAUGGCAACUUGAGUUUACUUUAAAAUUUAACAUUAACGUUUGCUGUCGUAUCUCAUAAUUACCCCAAGAUGUGAGCUCCUAUCUAAUCUUUGCAUUAUUAUUAUUUUUUUGGUCCGUUUGUUGUCUUCUUUCCAAUAUUUUUUACACAAAUUAGCCCCUUGAUGAGCUACUUGGUAUCUAUUAUAUUGUGUUUGACCCUAAAAUCACAUAUUUCGUAUUCCCCUCCCGUGAUGGUGUUUCUAAGAGAACAGUUUUAUAUAAUAAACCAAAAAUGUUACUGGGA